GUAUCUUUGGACGCACUGUGGCGCACAAAUGGUGUUUCUGUGGGACGCGAAAUACGACCCAGCCCCUGGCCGGCGUUACACUCCCCCCUCCACCACCCUCGCCUCCGGGGGGAAGAUGGCCGAGGCCCUGCCCCUGGGGGCCCAGGAGGCCGGAGGCGGGGCCGCUCUGAUGGGCAAACUGCGUAUGGCAGACCGCGGCAUGGUGGAGGUGAUCUCAGAUCAUCCAGGAGAGCUGGUGAAGUCAGACAGUCCCAACUUCCUCUGCUCGGUGCUGCCGACCCACUGGAGGUGUAACAAGACUCUACCCAUUGCCUUCAAGGUGGUUGCCCUGGGCGACAUCCCCGAUGGUACCUUGGUAACGGUGAUGGCAGGAAACGACGAGAAUUACUCGGCGGAGCUUCGCAACGCCACGGCUGCCAUCAAGAACCAAGUGGCUCGAUUCAACGACCUACGUUUUGUCGGCCGCAGUGGAAGAGGGAAGAGUUUCACCCUGACCAUCACAGUGUUCACCAACCCUCCUCAAGUGGCCACAUACCAAAGAGCUAUUAAAAUUACAGUGGACGGUCCGAGAGAGCCACGACGUCAUCGUCAGAAAAUGGACGAGGUGAAACCAGGCACACUGGCGUUCUCUGAGAGGCUAACUGAGCUGGAGCAGCUGAGGCGGAGCUCCAUGAGGGUGACGCCGCCUCACCAUCAUCACCACCAACCCUCCACCAACACCCGCCAAGUACUCGGCUCCGCCACAUUCUCCAGUCCCACGCACACGCAGCUAACUGCUGAUUCCAGACAGAUGCAGUCGUCUCCAUCUUGGUCCUACGACCAGUCGUAUCCCUACCUUGGCCAAAUAACCGCACCCACUGUACAUACAUCCAACCCCCUUUCGCCUGGCCGCUCUUCCCUCAGCGACUUGUCCUCUCGACUCACAGGCCCUGACCUCACAGCCUUUGGAGACCCCAGGAUGACCUUGGAACGAUCUUUCUCUUCUCUUCCCUCCUUGCCUGACUCCCGCUUCGCCGACCCUCGCGUGCACUACCCUCCCACAGGGGCUGCCUUUACCUACGCCCCCUCCCACAACCCUGUCUCCAACAGCGCCCUUGGCAUCAGCAUGGCGACAGCCAUGGCGACCACCCCAGCAGGGAGGUACCACACCUACUUGCCUCCUCCCUAUCCUGCGAACACGCCGCACCAGGCUCAGAAUGGGCAUUUCCAGUCCACCUCCUCCCCGUACCACCUGUACUACUCCACCGCUGCCGGAUCGUACCAGUUCUCCAUGAUGGCCGGGGGAGGAGGCAGCAGCGACUCACGCUCCCCUCCGAGGAUCCUGCCACCAUGCACCAACGCCUCCACAGGCUCCUCCCUCCUGCACCCGUCCUUGCCCAAUCAGAAUGAAGGAGUGGGCGUGGAGGUGGAGUCGAGCCAUAGUAGCUCCCCGACAAACAUGGCGGCGGCUGAAGCUGUCUGGAGACCGUACUGAAACAGCCAAGGGAGGAUGCUCUUAAUGAAGUGGUCAUUUGAUGGCAGACGCUAAGUUCACACCAAUCCGAAUACAUUAUGUGGUUUUCAUCAACACAUGUGAUUUGUUGACAAAUAUUGAAUAUCGACAGACUUACAGUCAUGGCACAUCAGUAGAAUUAACAAAUUCAAACUUGGGCUUGCUGAGCUUAAUUGAAAAAACUUUUGGAGUUCUGUUUCGAAACUUGGACAGUGGUUACUGGUUUCUAUUUAUGUGGGAAAAACCACAAUACCGUGCGUCAUCACAUGACCAGGCUCCAUAUGCAGGGUGCGGCCACUUUAAAAAAAAAGGCUACUGACAAACACUGUUAGUUCGAUGAAGAACAAGCAGAGUGACUGACAGGUUUCGCAGUGAGGGGACUGAUCACACCCCCGCCUCACUGCAGGAUACAAAGAGAGACACGGGACUGCGGGAGAGAAGAGUUUCUAUGAAACGAAAGGAUCUAACCAUGGACGUGAAAAGCAGCAGGGAAACAUUUUGGUUUAACACUGACAAGGUGCAUGCGGCAGCACUGGACUGAUCUCAAUUCAGCUUCCCUCUUGUACAUUAACAGGACUUCUCCCUCAUAAAUGUUGUUGUUGUGACUUGAUGAUUUGCUCAUCCCGAAUAUUGUAGUGGCCUGUUUGUGUUUUCCUUCACCCCUCUGUCCAUUUUUCUUUCUUCCCCCAUGCUGUUACCACGCCUCUUUGUUUUAUGGUUGAAGAACUGAGCCCAUCCUCUUUUAAAGAAAAUAAUGAAACAUGAUUAUUUCACUCACUAAAGUUGCUUAAAUAGCCUCUGAAUAAAAGCCUCACCCAUCAAAACAACUAGUAAAUCCUAUCUUUAAGACAAGGCUUGCAUUAUUAUGUUUAGCAACUGUGGUAAAUUUGAGAUUUUCCACAUUUUUAUUACAUUUAUUCCGCAGAUCCUUUCUUACACAAGGACUAAAGACCCUGGGUGAAACUGGCAACAUUGAGAAAAGCUGGCUGAACUGCCCAACGUUGGUUAAGGAGCUUUAUUAAUUCCAUAUUUAUCAUAGAUGGCCCUGGAUUCCGGGGAGAUUGUUCAUCUUCCGAAGUUUCUAAAUGAUGACUCAGAUGUUUUUACAUGGGCAACACUUGGUAUGAAAAUAAAAUUUAAACUGUGUUUGUGUUUCAUCAGCAGCUUCACUCGGAGAUGACUUGUAUUCUGGCCUGCAGACCAGUCUCUGCUCGAUGUCGAAUGACUCAUUUCCUCACUGCACUGAGAAGUCAUUACAGUAUGAAGUUUUGCAAUGUGUUAAUUUAUUCCCACAAUGCCAUUUUUGGUAGCGUUUCAUGUCUUUGUUCUUGUGUGUGAGUGAGUGUGUGUGUGUGUGUUUGUGUGUGUUUGUGUGGUUGAGUAUGUGUAUGUUACUUUUACCCAUGAUCCACAGCUAAUUUGUACUGUAUAUAGCCAUGGCUGUAAAGGACACUGCAUUUUUUAAUAUGGUUUUGUCAUAUUUUGCUCGCUCUGUUUCUCUCUUACACACACACAGACACACCCACACACGUGUUUUAUUUUGAAACUGUUGAUAGUUCACAUUUGGUUGUGAUUUAUAUAAAUAUUCUUGAGGAAAAUGCAA